UUUUUUUUUUUACAGGAAAAAAAAGGGCGCCUUCUAUCACUCUCUCUUCAUCGCUUCACGGCUGGCCCUCCCUCCGUCACCAUCUCUUCCACUCCACCCUUGCUCCUCACAGCACUCUUUUGCCCUCACUCUUCUUCUUCUCUCCACGACAUCCUCUGCUGAAAUUGCUUUUCGCCUCACUUGAUAACUAAUUCAGAUAUCCAAGCAAGGGCUCGCAGUGGAUCACUUCCAAAAUACAUCAACGACCUAUAACUUGCCCCUCCCUUUUUUUUCUCACUCUGCAAAGGCAGCAGACUCUUCCUCACACUAUCCAUUCAUUUCGCUCGCGGUCGUUGGACACAGAUGGCCAUGUUCUUUGAGAGAUUGAAUUACAAUAUGGCGAUGUCUCCCAUCGGAAGAUACUUUCGUCUCGAGGGCUCUGGUGCGCGUCGGGAGCGACUUGGCUCCAAAUUCACUACAGAGCUGCGUGCUGGUCUGACUACAUUCGUGACCAUGGCCUACAUCAUCUCGGUCAACGCCCUAAUUGUCACGGACUCUGGUGGUCCCUGUGUCUGCAACGAUGCUGGCAACACCACCGAUGUCGGCUGCUUCAAUGACCCCGACUACGUUCAGUGUCUUAGGAUACUCAAACUCGACCUCAUCACUGCUACUGCCGCCAUCGCCUGUCUCUCUACGCUUCUCAUGGGUCUUUUUGCGAACCUCCCUCUUGGUCUUGCGCCCGGUAUGGGACUGAACGCCUAUUUUACAUACACGGUCGUGGGAUUUCACGGCUCCAAGGCGAUCAAGUACGAAACCGCCCUCGCUGCCGUCUUUAUAGAGGGCAUUCUCUUUGUGCUGCUGUCAGUCUUUGGAAUCCGACAAUGGCUCGCGCGGUUGGUCCCACAGUCGAUCAAGAUCGCUACGGGUGCCGGCAUUGGAUUGUACUUGAUGUUCAUCGGUGUCCAGUCUUCGGCUGGUAUUGGGUUGAUCGGAAGAGAUGAUGCCACGCUGGUGACCCUGACAGGAUGUAUCAAGGAUGCGACGGGCCUAUGUGAGGAUGGAACGCGCAUGCGGAGUCCGACUACUUGGAUGGGUAUCUUUGGAUUCGUGAUCAUAUCGAUCUGUCUACUCUACCGCGUCAAGGGUGCGGUCUUGGUCGGGAUCUUGUUCAUUUCAAUCUUGUCCUGGUUCCGGGGCACGACAUUCACGUACUUCCCGUACACGGACGCCGGCAACGCCAUGUUUGAUUACUUCAAGAAAGUUGUGACCUUCCAUCCGAUCGAGUAUACGCUGGGAAAGAUGAACUUUCAGCUGAAUAACUCGGAGAUUUGGAUCGCGCUGAUCACAUUCUUGUACGUCGAUAUCAUGGACACCACAGGAACGCUGUAUUCUAUGGCGAAGUUUGGAGGAUUCAUGUACAAGAACGGAGACUUUGACGGAUCGUCAGCGGCGUUCUUGUGUGAUGCGACCUCUAUAUCGAUCGGGGCCUGCUUUGGUGUCCCACCUGUUACAGCGUUUAUCGAAUCCGGCGCCGGAAUCACAGAGGGUGGCAAGACCGGUCUGGCCUCGGUCGUCACGGCGUUCCUGUUCUUUAUCUCACUAUUCUUCUCGCCGAUCUUUGCGUCGUUCCCACCCUGGGCUACUGGUCCCGCACUGAUCGUAGUCGGGUCGAUGAUGAUCAAGUCUGUGCGAUCCAUCAACUGGGACUAUAUCGGCGAUGCCAUCCCUGCGUUCUUGACGAUCGCGUUGAUGCCUCUCUCAUACUCGAUCGCGUAUGGCCUGAUUGCGGGCGUAGGAUCCUAUGCGGUCAUCAAUGGGAGCGUGUAUUUCUUGGAGAUCAUCUCUGGAGGCAGGUUCACGCCCGAGGACAAGGAUUUGAAGGAGCCGUGGACGAAUGAAGGAUUCACACUGGCGAAUGUGCUGCCUGGAUGGGUCCAGAGAUUGAUUUGCAAGGUGCGCGGGGAGAUGUAUAUCGAUCCAUUGGAUGUGCUUGAGGAGGAGGAGCGGCUGGAAAGGGAGGCUGCGGCGAGAGCGGAGGAGGAUACGAAAAUUCAUCUACAUGGAAAUGAAGUUCAUGAUGUGGCCGAUAUUCUGCAGGGAGCUCAUGGUGGACAUCAUGGCAUGGAGUAUCCGUCAAGAUCGUUACAGUUGCAGCAGCAACAUGCCACCUCGGAUCACACGGAAUCAAUUGCCGAGAGCGGGAUUAAUGGGACGCCUAGGUACUGAACGGCUAGAAAACAAAAAGAAGCG